AUGAGGUCGCCUCGCCUCUCCGGGCUGGAACUGCCAGCCUCGCUGGCGAUUGCGACGCUGCGGUCGGACGACCUCGAGAACUUGGACGACAUCCCGGAGGAGGUCGCGGUCGCCUACGUCACCUACCAAAGUGCAAAGAAUCGCUACCGCGACCAGGUGAGAAAUCGCGGCUACCAAGGCCAUGGGAACGCCGAGGCGGGCACCUCGGGCAACACUGCCGGCAAGCAAGGGCGCGGAGAUGAGUCCAGCGCCCGGGACGAGAAGAUCCGCUUGAUGAAGUCGCGCUCUUUCUGCUCGAGCUGUGGUAAAAAGGGCCACUGGCAUAAAGAUAAGGAGUGCCCCAACAACAACAGUGGAGCGUCCGCCGACGGCCCGAAGGACGUGAAGAUGUGCAAUAUCAUGCCUGCCCAGGUUCUUGCUCUUCGUCAUGUUGGAGGCGGGGAUCAUCUUCUUGCCAUUGCCGACACAGCCUCUGCGAGGACGGUUGCAGGGACUCAGUGGGUACAGGACUACAUUGACAAGUUUGGAACCGGCAAGAUAAUGUAUUCCUCCUUCUAUGUUGUCAUCAGCUUCGUACUUGCGCAAAAGGUUGUUCGUCUUCGCACCUCAGUGAUCAACGGCGAUAUUCCAUUGUCGGUUUCCAGAACAGUCCUCAGCAAGCUAGGCAUGAUUUACGACAUCGAGCAGGGCACCGCCGACUUCACAAAGGUCGGCUUGAGCGGAUUUGAGUUGAUGUCGACGGCUUCUGGCCACCCGGCCAUUCCGAUCAUUCCAGUAGUCGUUGACGGCGGGAAAGAUUCCGUCCUGCCUGUGGAGGAGCCCAGGCUCGAGUCGCGUGAGCCAUACACAGCGUUUGCCGUGGGUUUCAACAGUAGGGUUGAACACAUGUACAACAUCUACCACGACAAGAAGUUAGUGGCCAUCAGCAAGAUGACGAAGACCCAGCUCCUCGAGGAGGCCCUGCGCUUGGGACUGACGGUGCACAAGUCGUGGUCCCCAGAGGAGAUCAAGGCCAUCAUCAUGGAACACCGGGUGGCGCAGAACGAGAAGGACGCCACCGUUGCGAUGAAGAAGGUGAGCCAGCUCACUCUCCCGGAGUUGAAGAAGAAGGCCCAGUCCCUCGACAUAGACUUCCCGGCGACGAUCACCAAGGGCAACCUUCUGCGCCUCGUGAGGGACUCGCUCAACACCCCGGACAACGAACUGAUGAAGAUAGGCCGCUACCGCGGUCGGGAAUUCCGGGAGUUCGCCCGCUGGUUCGAGAACAAGCAGCGCGAGAACAAGGGAGUUUGGGAGGAGAACCUGCCGACGAGGGCAGUGAACAUGGGGGAGAGGCCGACUCGCGAUCGGCCGAAGCGGCCCACCGUGGAGACGGACUCCGCCUACCUCGAGAAGGACAUGGACGACGAGCCGGAUGCGGACACGCUUGCCGAGAUCGAGACGGAAGGUGUCUGCUGUGGGGACCCCGCGGUCCUCGGAAGUGGCGUGGUAUGGGAGACUGACUUUGUGCGCGGCAACUACACGCAGGCCUCCGUCUACGCGGUCGACGACCACAAGGGCGGGGUCGAAGGGAUGAGCAAUGGAGAAGCGGUCGCCAAGGAAGCCUACCGCAGCGGGGACUUUACCUACGACAAGCUUAUGAUGGUUUUGACUGCCGCCGACUUCAAGCCGAGACGCAAUGACCGUGGUGUAAGCUUCGCCGAUGAGGACGGAGCAAAGGACCUCGGCUAUUACACCUUCGGCCUGUUCACUCACGGCGGCAUCCAAGGCAUCACCAAGCUCACCAUCGAGAAGUCGCACCUCUGCAGGUACGUGAAUGCGUUUGCCAGGCACCACCUUGGCACCGGCGCGACCUGGACCUCUUUUACCCUCAGCCGCGACGUGAAGACCGGGAUCCAUCACGACUUCAACAACUUGCCCGGUGCUCUGAACCACAGCUGCAGCUUCGGCCAAAAGAAGGGUGGUUUUCUUUGGCUUGAAGAUCGCGACCUUGAUGAAGACCAAUGCCACCAAGAAGGCGUCGUGUGGAAAAGGACAAAGGACAAGAGCUGGCUACCGGGCAUGUACCACGACACCUACCACAAGUUCGUGUCCUUCGUCGGGAAAGAGAUCGUCGACUACCUCAAGAAAGUUGGUUGCUCGGUUCCCAGGGCUCGGGCCAAGGUCGAGGGCACGUCUACAGAAAGAGGCCAGAAGCUGCCCAAGAAAUCCAUCAGGAAGUCCCUUGCCCAUUCCGCGGUGAAGCUGACCUUGCUCCUUUCGACGAUGAUUUCCGCCGCUUCCUCGUUCUUGACAGAAGCUCUACCCCAUGCGGUGCACGACCCCAUUGUCAUUUUUGAGCUGGGAGGCACCGAUGCCACCUAUGAGGCGGUCGAGCUCGACAAGUCUGUCAUGGAGCCAAUGGGGUGGGAAGAGUUCGACGACCCGGACAAGGUCAGCAACGCUUUCGACAUUGUGCAGGGCAUCACCCCCAACGAGUUGCGCAUCAACCUUGGCCGCAUGCCGGAACACCUUUUCGAUGUGGUUGUCGAGUUGUCCCGGGAUCAGAUCACUGGAGGAGGGGACGUUGUGGUCCGAGGCGACGACAUUGAAAAGUUCAAGGAGAGGUUCGCCGACUACCAGAAGUACGUUCAUUGUGAUGUUCACGGUGACCAAUGGGGAAUCUUCGGGAAGAGAAGAGGGCACUACGACCGCAACAACACGGUGUCGCCCCUGGACUUCAGAGCGCUUUGCGACGGCUACACCAGAACCUCGGACACCCGCGGACCGAGAAUGCUGGACUUCAAUGACUGCGUCGGAGUUGACAUUCUCUACCACCACGACGCUGACGACCAGAAGUGGAGUUUCCUCUCUAUGGUGGAUUGGGGGACUUCCUACCACAUCGUGGUCCCGCUCUACGGGCACUCCGCCGAGGACAUUGAGGAGGUCUUCAACAACCACUGGGUGACCCCGUUCGGGCCGCCGUCUACGGUGUCAGUCGACCUAGAGGGCGGGGUGCAGAAAGGGCUUCGAAGGUUGUGCGACUGGCAUUCCAUCACCGUGAAGAACGUUGGCACUCAAGCUCACUGGCAGGCCGGCAUCACCGAGCGCCAAGGCGCCUGGUGGAAGAACAUUUGGGAUCGGGUUUGCCAUGAGAUGACGAUUGUCGAGGCGGAGAUUGAGCUGGCUGCCACCUUGGUCUCAACGGACGCCAAGUUCCAGCGAGCCCAAGCGAUCAGGGCUUCCGCGAAGGUCGCCUUCCACCAUUCUGAGGCCGAUUCAAGGUUUCGAAAGGCUCUUCUUCAUCGUGCGAGAUCUACUACGAGGCCAUUCGACCACGGUGAGCCGGUGCACUACUGGUUCAAGCCGAAGGACCGUCGCAGAGGACGAUGGGCCGGACCGGCAGUUGUGGUCGGGCGUGAAGGAGAUAACUAUUGGAUCUCCAGAGGAGGACGUUGUCGGCUCACGGCGCCAGAGCACCUCCGGCCUUCUGGACCAGAAGAGGUUGGGGAGUUCUUUCGACUCAAAGGUGCACAACAAGAAGUUGAGAAGCUUGUACAAGCUGACUUCGACGCGGAAGAGACCUUUGACUUUGAGGAGCCCGAUGCCGACAUGGCCGCCGAUGACCACCUCUCCGACUAUUGGCCCAGUGACCACGAAGGGGUCGAUCACCCCGUCGAGUUGCCGGAAAUGAGCGACAUGGAGCUGGAUCAUGAAGACGGUGGAGAGCUACUACCUGCCCCCGUGCGAAGGCUGAAGCGGAAGACCAACCCUACUGAAGGGGAGAAUGCCGGGACCAUCGCAAGGAGGAGGCCACCCCCGCAGGACGGGGAAGCCGAAGUCUUCAUGAUGAAGCGCGACCUCACGCAGCACGGCGUGGAAAAGCGACAGGAGAAGGAGCUCCGGUGGGCCGAGAUACCGGACGACGUCAAAGAGAAGUUCAAAGAAGCUGAAGCCCAGCAAUGGGAGGAGCACCUGUCCUAUGAUGCCUUGGAGCCCCUCGACAUUGACGAGAGCAACCGAGUUCGACGAGAAGUUUCGCCAGACAGAAUCUUGCGCUCAAGAUGGGCGUACAAGGACAAGAAUUGGGCCAAGCGGAAGCAGGGUGAGGACCUCCCGUGGAAGUGCAAGUCUCGGCUUGUAAUAGCCGGACACCAAGAUCCGGACUUGGGGGUGGCUGGGAUCACCACCGACGCUCCCACUCUUUCAAGGCCGGGACUAUUAUGCCUGCUCCAAGUGUUGGCCAAUGGCGUGCAGAACACCGACCCUUGGGAGGCCGCUGCAGGAGACAUUCGAUGUGCUUUCCUCAACGGCGGAUAUCUACAACGAGACCAAGAGUUGUAUCUGCUGCACCAGCCGUCCACAGGUUUUGCUGGACUACAUCCCGAUCAACUGGUGCGGGUCAAAAAGAAUGUUUUCGGGCUGGCUACCUCACCGCACGGGUGGUGGCUGGACCUCCAAGGCGGGAUCAAGGGGGAGUUUCGCGACGAGAAGUUUGUUGGGAAGCCCAUCGGUUACGUCGGCACUCACGUGGACGACUUGUUGGUGGUCGCCCCGCGCAGCGUCAAGAAGGCGAUAUGCGAGGCCCUAUCUCGAACUUUCCCGGUGGAUUCCUGGGAAGAGCGGGCUUUCUCCUAUGUGGGGACCGAGAUCAGCUAUGACGAGAACGGCGCCUACCUGAACCAGCAGUCCUACGUGGAGAGCCGGCUCUUCACGGUGAACAUCCCAAAAGGAGCAUCUGAAGAUGCCCCAGCCGACGCUGAGGCGCUGGCGGACAAUAGAAGUUUGAUUGGGGCAUUGUCGUGGGUGUCGGCGCAAAGCCGGCCAGACAUCACAUGCGCCGUCUCCAUGUCGCAGCAACUCCAGAAGGCCCCGACGUACGGAGACGUGAAAUUCACCAACAGCACUGCCGCCAAAGCAGGGGACCACAAGCAGCGUGGACUGGUCUUCCGACCAGUGAGCGAAGACAAGGCCGUGUUCCUCACCUACCACGACGCAGCAUGGGCGAACGCCUACGAAGGAGAGUUUGACGAGGACGACUUCAAGCUCUACCCCGAGGACCUCGAGGCUGGCUUGCAGCGCGACGGACCUCCGUCGCAUCAGAAGGGCCGAAAGGCGAAGCGGAACAACUCCAAGGUUGCCUCCCAGCUUGGGGAGCUCAUCCUUCUUGGAGCCGAUGACUGCUUCACGAAAGGGGGCGGCUACGUGUCGGUCCUCGACUGGAAGUCCCGAGCAGGACAGAGAGUUUGCCGCAGCACGUUCAGCGCCGAGACCCAAGCCUGCAUUGAGGGGCUUGAAGGGGCACAGUACAUCCGUGCCUGCUAUGAGACGAUCCUCAGCGGGGAGAUGACCAAGGUCGAGGACGCCAAAACGCCGCUCGUUUGUUUGAGUGAUUGCAGGUCGCUGUUUGACCACCUGCACCGACAAGGAGUCCCGAGGACUCCUUCGGACCGCAGACUAGCGGUCGAUUUGGCCGCCUUGCGACAAGCUCUCAAGGCGGAGAAGUGGAGCGAAAAGCUUCCACUGGCUUGGAUCCCUAGCGAAAUCCAACUUGGUGACGUGUUAACUAAGCCGCAAGAUCCCACUCCUUGGUGGGACAUGAUUACCAAGAAGGUGUUUUUGCCAAUCUCAGUGGUCGGGACACGUGCUGAAACCAGCACAAGAACUGACAAAGAGAGGAAGACCAGUGUGAAGCCCUGUGGAAAUCCUGCUGUUUAUGACUACCGAAUCCUUCAGUUUUGA